GAGAAAAUGAACUCGUCGAGGUUGCAAGCAGAAUUCAUUUUACGACUCAAUCAUCUGAUGGCGCUACUGGUUCAAUGCGCAUCAAGAGAAACGCUGACGCACCGAACCUUGAUCAGGCGGCGACUGAAGCCUGCAGGGACCCGUCAGAGGGAGAGCUUUAUGAGAUGCUGCACGGCCAAACUAUCGCGGGUAGUGGCACGGAGAUCCAGCAUUCCUAUCUUAACAACACAUGCCCUAGGUCGCUCUUGGAACGCAAUCAGGAGCCUCUCGAGUCCAGAGCGCUAUGUCCUUUUGUCAUGGAGACAGAUACAGACGUAGAGAGAUACCCACAAGACAUACUUUCCGCCAGAUGCGCGUGCCGUGAUUGUAUUAACCCUUACAACAAUGGCUUCAUUACAAACCCAGGCGUUGACUGCAUGCCAGUUGUACGCGAGAUGGAGACGCUUAGACGCGGACAAUGUGUGGGUGGUGUUUACCGUUAUGAGAAGCAGAGAACCAAAGUUCCAGUGGCUUGUGUAUGUGCCAGGAGGCUUGCAGUAUGAGGGUUUCAACUUUGAAACAAGAGGACCAAAUACCUAAGUAAGAAUUGUGACUUCAUCUUCUCUACAUUUCAUUUCAAGUGAGGGCGUCCUUUCAUUCAGUACUAUUACGUGUGCCGUAGGUUAUCUUUGCCUUUGUUAUUUAUUGACUAUUUAAAACGAUAGUGUAUUGAGAGAGAUAGUUGUGACACGCGAAUUUAAACGUAUUUACGAGAUGGGUCAUAUGUUAAAUAAUGGAGCUCCAAAAAGCUCCCUUCCGGGUACAAUUUGUAAGAAAGGAAACUAUUUGUGUUUUUUAUGAAAUGCCUGACCAAUCAGUAGCAACUUCCGGUGACGUAACUAUCUCUCUCAAACAGAUAUGUUUAAAAGUAUUUACAAAUCCCUUUUAAUAUAUAUGAUUAUGAUAUACCUGUUCAAAAUGAUUUCAUGUGUAUGUACCUCA